AUGCGCCGGCCUCCGGAGGCAAAGUGCUUCGGCUUCGCCCUGCCGCUGAGCGGCCGCCCGCUCUUCAUCGUGCUGACUGUGUCCGCCAUCGGGAGCGCCGUCCUCUAUGCCGCGCUGCAGGAGGGCGUGUUCCAGGUGCCGGGCUUCAAGUUUAGCGGCUGGAUGACCUUUGUGACGGCGGCGACGAUGGCGGUCUGCGGCCACCUCGAGCUGCUGGUCACAGGCAGCCGGCAGCGCGUUGGCACGCUCGACCAGUACCUGCGUCUCUCGCUGCUGACCCUCGCCGGCAUGUACCUCACCAACGCGUCGCUCAAGUACCUCAACUACUCGACGCGCGUGCUCUUCAAGUCGAGCAAGCUGCUGCCGACGAUGCUCCUCGGCACCCUGAUGCAGGGCCGGCGCUACUCCUUCCUCGAGUACCUCGCGGCGGGCGGCCUCGUCGGCGGAAUCACGCUCUUCACCCUCGGCGACGCGGACACGCUGCCCUCCUUCCACCUCGCCGGCGUCGGGCUCAUCCUGCUCGGCAUCGCCGCCGACGCCGCGACGAGCGAGCUCGGCGCGGCGCUGCGGCACGGCGCAAAGCAGCCGCAGGUGCUGCCGCUGCUCGUGGGGUCUUCGAUAUGCGGCUACGCGAGCGUCAGCGUCGUGCUGCUCCUGAUCAAGCUCUACGGCGCCACCGUCACGGAGCUCGUCAAGAGCAUGCGCAAGGCACCAAGAAGAGAGUCCGUUUCAGUAGCCGAGUAG